UUUUUUUUUUUUUUUUUUUUUUCUCUCCCUCCUUCUGCCCCCCCCCCGCCACUGGAAGUCCUCCCCUAUCUAAAUGGAAUUAGUGGAGACUGAAGCCCCUUGUGUAAGGAACAGACAUGACCCAUGGGCGCAGCUUCUUUCACAUUGUAGCAAGUCUAAUCAUCCUACAUUUGUCUGGGGCAACCAAAAAAGGAUCAGAAAAGCAAACUACUUCCGAAGGACAGAAACCAGUGCAGUGUGGAACCUGGACAAAAUAUGCAGAAGGAGGCAUCUUCACUUCUCCCAAUUAUCCGAACAAGUAUCCUCCUGACAGAGAAUGUGUCUACAUUAUAGAAGCUGCUCCUAGACAAUGCAUUGAACUGCACUUUGAUGAAAAAUAUUCCAUAGAGCCUUCUUGGGAAUGUAAAUUUGACCAUAUUGAAGUACGUGAUGGACCUUUUGGCUUUUCCCCAAUCAUUGGACGUUUCUGUGGACAGCAAAAUCCACCUAUGAUAAAAUCCAGUGGCAGAUUCCUGUGGAUUAAGUUUUUUGCUGAUGGUGAGCUGGAAUCUAUGGGUUUUUCUGCUCGAUAUAAUUUUACACCCGAUCCAGAUUUUAAGGACCUUGGAGUUUUGAAACCAUUGCCAGUUUGUGAGUUUGAAAUGGGAGGACCUGAAGGAAUUGUGGAAUCUGUGCAAAUUGUCAAAGAAGGAAAAGCUUCUGAAACUGAAGCAGUAGACUGUAAAUGGUACAUCCGAGCACCACCCCGAUCCAAGAUAUAUUUACGAUUCUUGGACUACGAGAUGCAAAAUUCCAAUGAAUGCAAAAGGAAUUUUGUGGCUGUCUAUGACGGAAGUAGCUCAGUGGAGGAUUUGAAAGCGAAGUUUUGCAGCACUGUUGCUAAUGACGUGAUGCUGCGGACAGGUCUCGGCGUGAUCCGCAUGUGGGCAGAUGAAGGUAGUCGAAGCAGCCGAUUCCAGAUGCUCUUCACGUCUUUCCAAGAACCCCCUUGUGAAGCCAACACAUUCUUUUGCCACAGUAAUAUGUGUAUUAAUAAUACUUUGGUCUGCAAUGGACUCCAGAAUUGUGUGUAUCCUUGGGAUGAAAAUCACUGCAAAGAAAAAAGAAAAGCUAAUCUAUUGGACCAACUUACCAAUACCAGUGGGACUAUAAUUGGGGUGACCUCUUGCAUUGUGAUCAUCCUCAUUGUUAUCUCUGUCAUAGUACAGAUCAAGCAGCCUCGUAAAAAAUUUGUCCAAAGGAAAACAGACUUUGAUCAAACAGUGUUCCAGGAGGUUUUUGAGCCUCCUCAUUAUGAGUUAUGCACCCUUAGAGGGACAGGGCCUACUGCUGACCUUGCUGAUGUUGCAGAUGACUUUGAAAAUUAUCAUAAACUGCGGAGAUCAUCUUCAAAAUGCAUUCAUGACCAUCACUGUGGAUCACAACUGUCUAGCACUAAGGGCAGCCGUAGUAACCUCAGCACAAGAGAUGCUUCUGUCUUGACAGAAAUACAACCCCAGCCUGUAAAACCCCUCAUUCAACCCAUGAACAGGAGAAAUAUCCUUGUCAUGAAGCAUAGCUACUCACAAGAUGCUGCAGAUGCGUGUGAGAUAGAUGAAAUUGAAGAGGUACCAACCACGAGUCACAGGCUGUCGAGACAUGAUAAAGCUGUCCAGCGGUUCUGCCUCAUUGGGUCUCUAAGCAAACAUGAGUCUGAGUACAACACAACUAGGGUCUAAGAGACAAACCUGAGAGAGGAACUAUGUAUACAAUCAUGGGAACUGUGAAUGGAAAAAAAAAAUCUAUAGCGAACUAUUUCAGCUGUCUGAAAGAGAGUGUGGACAUGUUUCUAAAUUCAUUCCACUGCCUUUAUUCAAACCUAAGAAUUAGAGACUUUUUUUUUUUACUUCCUCAACAAGAUAUUCCCAUUGCACAAUAAGAUAUUUCUUUUGUAAUUUGGUUGCUGGCCACCAAGUGCUCCUUAGUUUUUAAACAUGUUUUGAGAUUUGCUGGAAACUUGAAGAAGAAAUUAAUUCCUGACUGAGACUGUCCCAGCUUUUUGUUGUUGUGGUUGAUGUUGUUAUCUUAGUUUCAUAUCAGUUGGUAUGUUUUAUGUCUUUGUUAGCUACUUGUAUGUUGUGCGAUAUGUGAAAGAAGAUUUGCAUUGAACUUUUGUUAUAU